AUGCCGUCUAAGUUAUCAAAGGGUACUCUCGCUGCUAUUAUCUCAGUCACGGUCAUAAUUGUAGUUUUUGGGCUCAUUAUGGUCCUUAUCCUCAUUCAACGACGGCGACGGACGUUUAGAACAAGCGGCGGCGGAAAGCAAGGUCCAUAUUUCGGACUGGAAGACGGGAGCGGCCCCGUGUCUCCAGUGUUCCCGUCAUCCAAACCGCUCCUCGAUAGUGCACAUUCGACGCACGACGCAGGCGAAACUUCGGGCGAUCCUCCCAAGCUUUCGCAGCAUACCGGGUACUCAUAUAGAGGAUCCGAAUGGGACAUCCCUCAUCGAGCUGUAUCACCCAUACGCCCUAACCGUCGCGAAGACUUCACGAUGGACGAUGCGCAGCUGGCGAAUACCCUUAGGCAGUCGUCUACGCCUCCUUCCCUACACUCCUUCCAUCCUAUAUGCAAGGAGCCGUCCCGAGGUCUCCUCGAGCGAGUCGCCUCGGCGUUCACUCAGUCCAAGCCACCGCACGUGGAUCCGUAUACGAUUGGCGUGUCUUCGCCUGCCUCGCACGUGGGGCGCGAGCAGACACCCCCACCCCGCCAGUCGACCGGAGAGCUCACACCUUUCCUGCGCGUGGACACGUCGACGCACUUGUCCUCACGCCUCGACCCCGCCUCUGAGGUCCCCAGGUCUGCGGACCCGUGGGCCGGAGAGGAUGCCGGAGCUUACUCGGGCUACCGGAAGCUGAACGUUCUCCCCACCUCCCCCACAGAGACAUCGGCUUCACGGCGUACAGGCAGCGACUGGCGGCCAGACCUCCUCAGCCAGUCGUCUCCGUGGGGGAAAGUCCUCGGACCCGCCCACCCGCCUCUCACAGUCGUCAACGGUGCGGAGUCACCGACAGCGCAGAUUAAGACCCAUAGUGCAUUCCACUCCACGCCUGAGUAUGGACAAGUCGCCCCGGAGGUCUCGAGUGACUUGAUACCUCGCCCACUUCCAAUACCUUUGGUUACCCGGAAGCAUAAGUAG